CGAACCGUCGUCGAGGCAACACCGCGUUGCUCUCGGCAUCGAACCAACGCGGCGCGCCGUGCAGUGUUGUGAACCGGAAAUGUUGAAGUGAUACACAAUUAGUUAUAAUGGCAUUAAAAAAAGAUCUCGAAUUGAAUGUGAACAUUUUCAAAAGCAUCAAGCUACCCAAAACAACGAAAAUCCAACAGGCUAUAGACAAACUGUUCAAAAAGAAUACCUACACCAAAAUAGUGCAAAGUUAACUCACACUAUUCAGUUUUAGAACGUAUUAAGUAGAUAAAUGGCUGGUGAAGUUAACACAAAUAGUAGAAGUAGUGAUAUUAGUAAACCUGAACCGCCGGAUCGUAACAAAUCGCCUGAUUUCAUAACUGAUGAGACAGAGUUUGUUGGGAAGGGGAAUAUACGGUCGUCUACACCAAUAAGUAAGCACAGGAGGAGCAGAUCUCGAAGUGGAACUAGGAUAACAGCUAAGGCUUUGAGUUUAUCGGACGAAGGAUUCUACCAGGACUUGGAGGAGUACGUGUUGGAAAUGGCGAGUUCAAGGGAAGGUGGUAUGGACGGCGGGAUUGAGCCCGACGUCUGGAGUCAGCUGCAGCAGAAGGAAUCUGACCUUUUGCUGGCCGCUGAGCUGGGGAAAGCGCUGUUGGAGAAGAACGAAGAACUGAAAAAGGAACAGGAGCGAGUCGUCGAGGAAUACUCCAAAAAACUUGAGGAGUUGGAGCAAGAGAAACACCUGCUGAGGAGGCGACUGGACACAGAACAAGGAGAAUAUGAGGCGCGGCUACUGGAACUGCAGAACGACAUCAGAGAACUCACUGCCAAGAUCGACUCACGGGACUCAUCGGUUAAACAGCGCGAUGAAGAAAAAGCCAGUCUGAUAGCAGAACUCACAGCACAGAACUCGCGGCUCACAGCACAGCUGAAGGAGUCGUCGGCCACAGAAGCACAGCUCAUGGCGCAGCUGGAAGGCCUCAAGGACCAGUGUUCGAUGAGGAAGACCAGUCUCCAGGACCACGUGCAAAGCCUGGAGUCCCUCAAAGCAGAACUGGCGCUGGUCAGCGACAAGCGUGCAGAACUGGAAAGGAGGCUCACCACCUCCCUCCAUGACAAGGACAACCUCAUGCAGCAGCUGGACGAAGCCAAUGAUAGGAUCACGGCGCUGGAGAGGCAGCUGAAGGAACAGGAACACCUUUACCACAACACACUCAAAGAACUGGAGCGUCUACAACGGUCCCACGACACAUUAGCCGAGAGGAUCGGGGCACCGGACCCUAUAGAGACCACGGACGCCGCCCGGUCUCUUCACGCUGAGAUGGAGACCGAGCCAGAAGACCAGGAUGAUGGUUGGCUCAGGAGUGAAGCGGUGCAAGUGUACAAACAGCUGAGGGCGUUGGCUCUACAGCUGAAUACGGGACAUGAUGAUGAUUCAGGGCUACACUCAGACCUUUCCCUCACGUCUUUAGACGGGGAGGAGGGCGAGACCCUCCGACGGGGGGCCCUCGCCGCGGCUUGCGCGGACGCCGUCGCCGCCUACGCCACUCUGGAAGGUUCUAGAGUGAGAGACUCCAUCGCGGCACACGCCAGAAGGGCACUGGAGCGAGAGAGACAGAUCGAUGAGAAGAACGACGUCAUCGCGGAACUGUCUUCUAAGCCUAUCCUACUUGUUGCCGCGGCCUACGCCACUCUGGAAGGCUCAAGAGUGAGAGACUCCAUCGCGGCUCAUGCCAGAAGGUCACUGGAGCGAGAGAGACAGAUCGAUGAGAAGAACGACGUCAUCGCAGAACUGUCUUCUAAGCCUAUCCUACUUGUUGCCGCGGCCUACGCCACUCUGGAAGGCUCAAGAGUGAGAGACUCCAUCGCGGCUCAUGCCAGAAGGUCACUGGAGCGAGAGAGACAGAUCGAUGAGAAGAACGACGUCAUCGCAGAACUGUCUUCUAAGGCUGUCUACGCCACUCUGGAAGGUUCUAGAGUGAGAGACUCCAUCGCGGCACACGCCAGAAGAGCACUUGAGCGAGAGAGACAGAUCGAUGAGAAAAACGACAUCAUCGCGGAACUGUCUUCUAAGCCUAUCCUACUUCUUGCCGCGGCCUACGCCUCUCUGGAAGGUUCUAGAGUGAGAGACUCCAUCGCGGCGCACGCCAGAAGGGCACUGGAGCGAGAGAGACAGAUCGAUGAGAAGAACGACGUCAUCGCGGAACUGUCUUCUAAGCCUAUCCUACUUGUUGCCGCGGCCUACGCCACUCUGGAAGGCUCAAGAGUGAGAGACUCCAUCGCGGCGCACGCCAGAAGGGCACUGGAGCGAGAGAGACAGAUCGAUGAGAAGAACGACGUCAUCGCGGAACUGUCUUCUAAGCCUAUCCUACUUCCCGCCGCCUACGCCACUCUGGAGGGCUCUAGAGUGAGAGACUCCAUCGUGGCGCACGCCAGAAGGGCGUUGGAGCGAGAGAGACAGAUCGAUGAGAAGAACGACGUCAUCGCGGAACUGUCUUCUAAGCUGUCCGUUGCCGAGGUGGAGCUCCGUGCUGCGGCUGAGGAGCGAGACAAGCUCCUCAAUGACGCCAACUACAACAGCCUCCAGAACGACGAGGCGGUCACGCGGGCCAGGCAGGAGCGCGACGAGGCCAUCGAGAGGAAGAAGGCUGCUGAGGUGGCCCUGGCGAAGACAAGAGUGGAGCUGAUGCAGGCCAACAGCCAGCUGUACGAGGCCGUGCGGCAGAAGGUCGACCUCGGCCAACAGUUAGAGCAGUGGCAGAUGGACAUGCAAGAGCUGAUCGACGAGCAGAUGAAGCACAAGCUGACGUCACAAGAGAAGCGGCGCAAGCUGCCGGAGCCGACGCCGCCGACGCGCACGUCGCGACUCCUCGGAUUUUUUCAGCGGUGAUCUGUUGCGCGCCCCUCCUGGCCCGCCCCUCCCCCCAACACGACCCGGCCACUGUCAGCACAGCGAUCCUGUUUUUAAUUUUGUACAAAAGAGGUUAUAACAACGCCGUAGCGCCCGUCACGGCCGCCAUCUUGCUCCAAACCGACGCCGUCACCGCCGUAACGAGCGUCGGCCACGUCCUCAUUUUACUUUUCAAACCGUGUGAUGUGUACACCUUUGCAGUGAUAGCUAGUAUUUUAAUUAGAACGUUUAUUGUUAGUGUACGUGUAAUUCUUGGAUUCUUACUGUACUUAUGUAGCGACACUUUCUGAUGUUUUAUUGGGCAUUUUUUGUGAAAUUAUACAACUUAUUGGUACACGUUCUUGGAUCGGUUAGGGCGGAUUUGGUACAACAGAUGUUAUGUGGACUGAUACAGCCAAGAGUAUCUGAAGGUCCAGUUUACAAGUUUAAAACGAAUUUAAAUAGCGAUACGAAUGAGAAACGAAAUAAUAUAAUUCAUACUUAGUUCUUUGCAGACACCAUAGUGUUAAUUACAUGGAAAAAUCAUUAACUUUUUCACUUAUCUAUAAUUGGUUUGAGUAAAAUAAAAAUCAUUAACAAUAACAGGAAAGAUGUUCAAAAUAACGAUUCCGCCAUUUUUAAAAACUCAGAAUGCCAAAAUGACAACUGCCUGCUUUUCUUAUUUUAAACAAGGAAUCACUAAUUAAUAUCUUUAUUAAUAACAUGCUGUUAUAAAUACCAUCUCUGCUUCUAACCAAUCCAUUGCUUUUUGAAACUACUUUCUGUAAAUACACAAGUAUAAUAUAAGUAAAUGAGAUUAUACAUUAAUGUAUAGUUUAACGUCACUCUAAGUGAAAUGGUGCACCAUAGUUCUAGACUAGAUUAAAAAUAACAGAAGAAAGUUUUGAAUAGCCAUAUUAUUUACCAUAAAACGCGAAAUGAACAUGAUCUGCUACAAUUUUAGUACCUAAUACAUAAAUAAUGUUGUAGUAAUUGUAUUUUUCAAUAGAAUAAUUCAUAAUUUAAUCAAUUUUUUCGCAAUAUUUAAUGUCAAGUUUGUACUGUGCCUUAAUAGUACCUGGCCUUAAUCGUGCCUUUCGGAGUCAAUUGUACUUAAUUUUUAUUUAACUGGAUCAACAUUGAAAAUUGUUGCAUUUUUAAAGUAAAAUAUAAUGUAAUUAUUAGCUGGUAACAUUAUUUUUAUUAUGGAACUUAGUAGUCUAAUUGGAACCAUUAUACCUAGAAAAGUGCCUCUAAAACUAUUAUCUACAUUUAGUAAAGACAUUCUUGUGGCCCAUUAACUUUUUACAAACACUAAAACUCCAAAACUCCGAAAAACUAACCUACCCGCAACAUGAACCUUUCUCCAACCGAUUUUCAGCUUUGCGCCUUCAGUGCAAGGUUGGAAAUCAAUUGUCAUUUAUGGUAGGGUGGAAUGUUGCCACUUGAGAAAAAGAAUAUCCUUACUAAAACUUAAAAGUACAGUUGAAAUAAAUAAAUGUAUUAAUUACUCGCCACAGUGCCUUCUUACCAUUGUACUUAAUACAUUAUACAUUUGUUUUACUGGGUAAUACAAUAAAUUGUUUUGACAAGCCUUUGCCUUUGAGAUUUUUCUCAAAAUAGGAAGUAAAAGGCAUUCACAAUAGACGAAUUAAAUCGUCGACUGAUGAAUGUAAUAGAACGACUCCCUAAGACAAGAUACAAUGUAUUAUCAUACAACUAUCUACGAUCACUUCGAUUAAAAUAAGGGUAGCUUUAUAUGACCCGGCGAACUUCGUACCUAUGUUCAUCAGAAAUAAUUCAGGAUUUGAAUAGUGAAUUUUUGUUUCAAAUCGGUCCUGUAAUUUCGGAGCCUAUUCAUUAUAUAAAACAAUCAAAUCUUUCCUCUAAUAUUAGUGUAGACAUGUCUGGUCUUAGGGCAGAGGAUAGGUGGCGAUAUGGCUUGAUAAAUAAUUUUUAUUGUAAUGCUCAUAAUAUACAAAAUGUAUUAUGAUUUCACUUAUCUACCAGGGAAAUUUUAUUACUACUUAUUUUACACUUGUGCCUUAAUUUCUAACUGUUAAAGCUCAAUAUUGAAUAUUUACUAACAAUACUUACUAAUGUUCAUAUCUACAAUGGCAAUACUGCAAUAUUGUUAGUGUUACUACUUAAAUAAAUUAUACAAUUAUCAUGGGAAAUAAAUACGGCACAGACAAAUUAAUUUCAUUAAUAAAAAUAUUUUAAUUCAUUUAAUUUUCCAAUAUUAUAUGUAUAAAUAUAAGAGAAAGACAUAUUUUUUAUUAAUUUAUUGUUAAGACUGAAACUAAUUAAAUUACUUAUUGAUUUUUUUAAAGUAUUAAUUCUACAGAUUUCUGCUGAGUUUCUUUCAAUUAUUGAAUUUAACAUGUUUGUUAAUUUAAUCAUAAUGUUUUAAGACAUUAAUGUUUUAAAUACUUUGUCAAAAUAUAUUUUAAACAUUAACUAUAUUAUGCCUCAUCAAUAGAAUAUUAUGAAUAAUUUAAUAAAUGACAAUAGCAGAAUAUCAUUUUGUACUAAAAAAUAAUAAUUUACUAUUCUGUAAGCACAAAAGUGUAUGUUCUACGGCGAGUAUUCUUCUUAGUCAUUCCAUGUAUUAUCUGGGUUCUAUUAUAUUUUAAAAUAUAUUGCAUAUAAGUUAAUGCAUGUACCUUUUGUGUGUAUAUUUGCUAUGUACUUACAAAGUAUAAUAUUUGUCCACUCGCUAUUGCACUAAAUGUUUAAAACAGUCAUGGAAAUGAAAUGAAAUCAUGCUCAAAACUUCAUUAAAACUUGAGCAUAAACUCAACCCUGUGAUUGGUUUAAUUCAAAUAUUUAGAACAACCGCAGGAUAAAACAACCCUGAGUUUAGUUUUAUAAAUUGAGUAUCCUUUCAUAUGGAGCCUCUAUCUUAAUUUUUCACACUUUUGGUUAUUUAUUAACGAUAAUCUAAUGAUUAUAAAUUUUAUUAGGAAGGUAAGUACAUUUAAAACUAUGUACCUAUUUUAAAAAGAUGACACAAGACAAGUACCAACAUUUUAAUGGCACUUAAAACAUUUCUAAAGAGUGCCUGUGUCUGUGAAAUAAACAUUAAUUACGUAAGUAUAUUUCAAUAUUGUGCAAUAUAAAACUUUAGUAUUUAUUUUAAGAAAUAUGUACUUAAUAAUAGAGCCCAGAAAUAUUAUCAUUUUAAUUCCUAACAUUGUCUCUGUAUUGUUAAGUGCGAGUGUACUUAAAGCACCCUUUUAAGUACUUAAUUAUUGUAAUUUAAAGUGUAAGAUCUAUUAUGACUAGCUACUUACAUUAAAAUAAUUUGUUUGUGGAAAUAAUAAAUAAAAGAUGAAUUUUA